CGAACAACCGUCUCGAAGAUCGCAGCGGAUCCGCCUUUCCGGCUGUAGAGCGCAGAGAACGGAUCGCGGACAGUGAGCCUCGAGAGACUUGUCGAAAUCGAUCGAAUCAUUAUGAGGCGAACGUCUAGAUCCGUUCAAAAUAGAGUCCUGCGCAAACGCCUCCGUCAGUUCUACAAUGAGCAGCUCAAGUCCCGCAAGUUCGACCGUUCCCGCAACGAGGAAGAAUGCGUGAAGACGUUGGCGACACUCGAACAAACCCUGUUGGCUAUGCGCUGUCAUCUGGAGAUGGGUCACGAUCUGCUCGCCGUCUACGGAUGUCUCGGAGCCACGCACAUUGGCGGGGGCUUCACCGCCAAGAGUGUUCUCCCAGUUCUGGAUGUGUACCGCACAGAAGUGAACGAUCUCCUGAAAAAAGUCAUGUUCGACGGAAGCCGUCAGGCCCUCACAGAUCUCCAAGGCGAAGUUGACGCAGUUCGCAAUGAUUUGACGAAAUUCGCCGGUCAAGUAAUGGUGUUGCCUCUUUCCCUUGAGCUGUUCACCGACACCAAAGUCAGGGACUGUCGUGUGGUGAUUGAUUAUGGAGGUAAAUUGACCACAAUACACGGCACUCAUUUCAGCGGGAGGUGCUCAAGGAUUCUGCUGGGCAUGCAUCCCGAGAGCGAACCCAAGAUAUCAUUAGCUUAUCGGAAAUCAGUGAUGGGCAUUUUCAUCAAGGAAAAAUCCUUGGUCAGGCCAAGCACAAUCGGAUAACUGGUGGAUCUGGGAACCCUGGAUGUGUCAAUCUCGAACUUUUGUUCAUAGAAGAUCAAGUAGGGCGCAGAGUGAUCACAGCUCGAGCUUGUCUCCAAUUCGAGUGGUUCCCUAAACUGGCUCUAUGAAGUUGUUUCUGUUAACGGUGUUGUCUCUGCCGGGUGUGGAAAAUCGUGCUGUAAUAAGCUAGAACGCUCAAAAUUCGGCCGAGGAUCUCCGGGUGGCGCGCAUCACAGAGAAAUUGGAGUUCCCGGUGCUUAACCAGACUCGACCGAGCCCGAGAUACCCCCGCGAACAGAAAAGAAAAUUCAAUGCCUUCAAUUCGUUAAUUUAUGCCGCACUCGGAUAGAAUCUAGUCGAUUCACUAUUUAAUGCCGAGCUUGUUGGGAAUUGGAUUGAUUCGGGAGACCGCACACAGCCUAUAGAUGAGGAUCAGGGACGGGAAAGCGACAAAUGAGAGCUGACAUGGAGCCGACUGAAAAUCAGAUCACUCGGUCGUUCGCCCAGAUAGAACGAAAUCAGUUUCGAUACUUGUUCCGCUCGUUUUCUCCGUUCCGAUCGAAAAAUUUGUUCAUUAUGGAAUUGUAUCAGGAAUAGAUGAAAACUGUAGAGCUCAAUUAGGGGAUUCUGAUUCAAUAAAUUCACUGCUUGUUCAUUAGA